GAGAGACAAUUGUGGACCAUUUUCUUUAUUAUCAUUGGUGGAAUGAGUCAAAAGACAUCUCUCUCUCCCCUCAAUCACUCACUCGGCCAAAGCAACCAAAAAAGAGAGAAAAGCUCAGCAACUUACCUUCUCCAUAGCCAAUGAGUGAGCUCAAUCAAGAAGGAAGUCCAAGGAAGAAGAAAGAGUGGAGAAAGUGAAGAAAACCUUUAUUAAUUAAGGAAUUUUACCAAGGUAUUCUAGACUUCUCAAAGAAUCUAGGAGUGGCCAGAAAAGUUGCCGGAGCCGCUGGAGUUUUUGCCGGAAAAUUCCAAAAGGUCGCCGAUGUUCAAAUGAGGAGGAUAAAAGCUCGCUAACGUCAUUUCAAGGUUGAAGCUGGAGCUUACUUCCUACACCCAUUGUUCGGGAGAUCGAUGGAGAGAAGACGUGAUUCGUGCUUCCUCUUGUUCUAUUUCUAAAUAAUUAAAUAAUGCUCAUGGAACUAUUUUUGACUUAUAAAUUAAUGGAGCCUGCGAGCUCUUGUUUUACCCUCGUGUGGGUUCUUAUUAAACACUUAUAUUCCGCUAUGUGUUUAGUUGUAUGUUGAUGUUAUUAUGUAUGUUUACUAAUCGGUUUUGGCAUAUGUAUCUAUCGGACGUCUUGUGCAAUUUGGUAAGGAUGAACUGCGGUUAUUCUUAUUGGGUUGUACGACGGUUGUCUACGUGGCACAGACACGGUCUGGGGCGUGACACAGGUGGCUCCCCAAGAACCAGAGCAGGCGGCUCACCUAGAGAAGCAAGGGACUCAACAAACGGAGCAGGUGGCUCCCUUCAACGAUCAGGCUCCUCCAUCCCCAGCAGUGGACUCACCCAGAAUGACUCCACUAGAGCAACUAGAGGCAGAUUUCGCCAGAGUCAAGCAGUGGAGAAAGUGGAAGUUAACAAAAAUCAGAGAUCAAGCAGAGACCCUUCCAUAUUUCAUCAUUGAAGAAGAGUUUGCUCUAAAAUGGAUUGGCACAGAGGAUCUGGCUGUAGCAACCACUCUCUACAAGAUCUACCAGGUCUACACAGCAAAAAGGAAGGAGCUAACUGCAAAGGACACCAUUGAGGACUCCAGUGAUGAUGAUCUGGAUGAUGAUGACGCUGACAAUGCACCUAAGGGUCCACCAAGCUCCAGAGGUAAACAAAUUGUUUACUCCUCCUCCUCUAGUGACAAAGAAACUAGGAGGGUUAUGGAAAAAUCCAGGCUGGAAACUCAAAGAGGAGGAGAAUCCUCCAAAGCUCCCCAAGAGCAGUUGGCUGCUACUCUCCCACAAGGGACCCAACUGAUGGACCUCAACAUGGAGCCUCACCAAGAAGAGAUCCCAAAACACCAAGCUACAACUUCAGAACACGUCAAAAAUCAAAUUCUCACUGAUGGAGCUGAGGACACACCGACUCUAGCAGAAGUCUUCAUCAAUGAACGUAGAGCAACAAUAAAAUUUGUCAGCAAUGCCGAACUGAGACUUCACAAGCGAUUGAUCAAAAUGUAAAAUCAUUUUGACAAACUUCUGGAAGCCAGAUUUGCAGAAGUUCACUGCCACAUCAAAAGAAACCUCAUGAUCCAGCAGGUAUUCAAUUCAGAACAAAAGGCCCAGCUCAAAAUGCAAUUUUCCCAGCAGCCUGCCCAGCUAGAAGACAUCCACAAGGAACUAGCAGCUCAAAGAGCUAAGGACUGGGAACUUGAACUUCAAAUUCAGACUCUCUUAAAGCAACUGCAUGAUCAAGAGCAAACAGGAGCAUCUCUACAUUCUCUGCCACCCAACAUCGAGAAGGCUCUCCAACAAAUCAAUGAACAUGAAGCCUACAUCAACACUCAGCAAGGACAGUCAGAAGCAGUUCAGAAGGGCCUUCAGGAACUUCAAGCUCUAUGUGUAGAGCUCAAAAGUCAGCUUCAGGCAGUCCAGCAACCACAAGUUGCAACAGAGCCCUCUGCCCAAGCAGAACCCUCUGCCCAGGUACUUUCCAACUCUGAUCUACCUUACCAACUAACCUUGAGCAGGCCCUUCAAACUAUCCAGGUGCAUGAGAAGUUCCUACACUAUCUCAAAACCAAGGAGCUACCCACCAUCCUCAAUCUCUUCAAGAAGUUGGUCACCAAACAAAUGGAUCACUCAGAGGCAAUAGGCAAAACUAGAGCAGAUGUUGCUGAUCAUCUAGGACGACUUCACACAGCUACUCAAGAAGCUCUCCUAAAGCAAGGAGAUGAACUCAAGACACUAGGCCUACACCAACAAGCAACAACUCAACAGCUUCACAAACUUGACCAAGAAAUCAAAGAAGAGGUCAAGGUAGAUGUAACGGAUCUCCGGAACAUAGUCACUGCACUCGCCAUUGAAUUCAACGAUCUCCAUCCAACAAGGAGAAUCCAGCAAAUAGAGGUUGACUCUAAUCCAGAAAUAGCGGCCCUGUUUCAAGAAAGCCAGACCCCUGUUGAUGCCAAAAAAGGGGGAAGAGCAACACAAGCAGGCUCAUCCUCCAGCUGGUCACUGGCAGCCAUAAAGGGGGCAGAGACAAGGAGAAAGAACAAGAGACUCAAAGAAGAAGCUGAGAUCAGAAGAAGAAAGGCAGAAGAAGCAAAGGCAAGGAAGGAAGCCAAGAAGAAAUCACAAGAAGACAAACAAGACUAGGAUAGAUCAGAAGUCCGAAAUUGACUAUAAACUAUUGUACCUUAGAAGCUAGAACAAUUUACAAAACUCAAAUGAAAAAUCAAU